AUGUGCCACACUUCUCGGGUCUUCACGAUACCCAAAACCUCUAGCGGUCUACGUCUAGUUUUCGACCUAAGGUCCGUGAACAACCACAUCAAACCACUGUCUACCCGUUUCACGGGCCACCAGUGCUUAAGACAAAUCCUACCUCACAGUGCAUGGAUGGCAUGUCUCGACAUUCAAGAUGCAUACCUUCACAUCAAGAUGCAUCCAUCAAUGAGAAGAUUCCUGUGUUCUCAAGUCAACGGAAAACGGUUCGAAUUCACAUGUCUUCCGUUUGGCCUAAACGUCGCUCCCCUGGUGUUCACUUCCGUCCUACGUCCCAUCAUUUAUCAACUACGUUCAGAACACAUAAAUGUGCUGAGCUAUUUGGACGACCUCAUUGUCUGGGACAACUCAGCACAAACUUGCUCGAAGGCGAUUUUCCGAACAGCUACCGUCCUCCAAGAGUAUGGAUUCCUGAUCUACCUAGUUCCAAGUCAGCAAAAAAAAAAAUGGCUCGGUUUCCUGUGGAACUCGGUAACCGACACUGCAUCAGUGUCCCCAGUCAAUGCAGACGAGAUCCGUCAGCAAUGCUCCCUCAUCCUAAGCCAGGGACACUCUUCCAAGUCGGAGAUAGAGAGCCUCUUAGGUCGGUUGGCAUUCGCCUCUCAACUUCUUCCUCUGACUCGUUUCGACAAGCGAUCUCUGACUCCCAUUCUCAGAGAAUUCCCAAACGACAAUUCAAGGAAGAACCUGAGCCCGGAACUGGUCAAUCUUCUCGAGAUGUGGGUAAACACCGACGCCUUGAACGAGAAAGGGCGCCUUCGUCCCCCUCCUCUAGACGUUACUAUUUGGACAGAUGCAUCAAAGACCGGAUGGGGUCUUCACGAUGCCAACGGGAACACCAUGAGCGGAGAGUGGGAACCACAUCAAGCACUUCUCCACAUCAAUGCUCUCGAAUUAAAAACAGUAGGAAUCGCACUGUCCAGUCAUCUGGUCAAAGAUGGCCAAUGUGUAGCGGUCUUCACGGACAACGCAGCAACCUUCUACACAUGCAUGAAGCAGGGCUCUAUAAAGAGUCCCUUGAUGCACCAAGUAUACAAGGAGUUGCUCGAUACCAUCAUACAAAAUUUUUUUAUCCUAAUUCCCAAACGGAUCCCGGGUAUUCACAAUGUCCUAGCCGAUGCCCUAUCUCGCCUAGAACCCAUCCUGACAGAGUGGGAACUGGAUCCGCGAGACUUUUCCAGGAUUCAGCAUUGCGCAGGCACACUAGAGGUAGACUUGAUGGCAACCCCCUUCAACUCAACAUUCAUCUGUCCCUUCCAACAUCCACAAGCAGCAACAGUGGACGUUCUCUCAACCCGAUAUCCAGAGCUUCAAGGGAACGCUGGUCCUCAUCUUGGAUCCCCGCUCUUCAUCAGCACGCCUUACUCAACUAGUGUCCUGGGCAAUGGACUCUCCUCUCCUCCAUCCCCCCAGCCAGUCUGCGGGUGGCAGGACUCACUUAGCACCAUGGUCUCCAUCUGCUCCAUGGAUCGCGCUACGUUUUUGCACCGCAUCUUCAGCAGAAGGUAUGGAGAAGAAGUGGCAGACUCACUAAUUAAAGGCUUUCAUGAGUCCACACGCCGGCAACAAGAACACGCCUGGCGUGCUUUCCAAGACUGGAUCAGGAGCAGACCAAUCACAAUCUUAUCCCUGCUUCUCCUUCUCCAGUUUAUCCGAUGGCUACGGUUCCAGAAGAACUUUGUCUCUCAAACCAUCGCCUCAUAUAAAUCAGCUUCAGCUCUCUGGAUAAAAGAGGCUACGAGUCUAGAUUUAUCCGAUCCACACUUUACCCUUCUCCUAAAGUCCUUGUUCCUUGAGAAACCUCCUCAACGAUUCCCGGAGAUUCGGUGGAAUCUGACAAAGUCUCAAGGAGACCCCUUAACCCGGGCCAGAUCUCCUUUCGAGUUUGUAAACUCAUUAGAGAAGCAGAUCCUUCAGGCAUUCCCCAAUUACAUGAUCUGCGACGGGCUGCAGCCUCUAUCGCUUGGACUCGUGGUGUUUCGACUACCCAGAUUACUCAAAGUGCGUUCUGGUCAAACUCGAAUGUCUUUAUCAAGCGAUACCUUAAACAAUGCUCGGACCCUCAAUGUGUGGCACUCGAAACCAAAGCCUAGCUCCUAG